AUGAUUCAGGUCGACGCGAAUCCGGAACUAUUACCACCAUUUCAACCUGUUCGAGCCAUUGAUUUCGGCUUUGAAGACGAUUAUGUGCUAGAAGUAACGACCAACAGUCAAUAUGCCAUUGCCUCGGCCUCCGACAAGUUGAUUCGACUCUACGAUCUGUCAACAUUACAACUCGCCGCCACAUUAAAAGCACAAGAAAAGACAAUUAACAAAAUCAAGGUGUACCAGGACCAAUACUUGUUGUCAGGUUCAGCAGACGGAACGUUAAUACGGUGGGAUCUGCGUACUGCACAACCUGUACAAACCAUUCGACAUGACAAACCUAUCACGGCAUUCGAUAUCAACUGCAACGACACAAUGGCUGUUAUCGGCACUGGUGACUUUGACCAGUACGGGUGCCCUGAUAUUGUCUUUUAUGAUACCCGUCAGACACAAUUCUUGGCCCGGUUUGAAGAAUCCCACAAUGAUGACGUGACCGAAAUCAAAUGCCAUCCCACCCUACCUUCACACCUCAUCACGAGCUCUGCAGAUGGAUUGGUCAACUAUUAUGAUGUGACGGAUUUUGAUGAGCAAGAGGCAUUGAUAUCUGUGGUGAAUGCAGAGUCGGCGGUCCAGAAAGCAGGCUUUUUUGGUCCCGAGUGCGAAUAUGUGUAUAGCUUGACGGGCAAUGAGACCUUCUUGUUGCAUACGCUCGAGGGCGAUCUGAUUUGUGAUUAUGGAGAUGUGCGACAGUUGGAUCCGUCGAUCGGAUAUGGCAUUGAUUGUUCCUAUGAUCCAGAGACCCAGCGGUUUUAUCUAAUCACAGGCAACGCAGAUGGUGAUGUUCAGUUGCUUCACGUCAAUGUGGGUCACAUCCAGCAUUGUCAAACGCUCAAGGCACCAGGAGGACACACGGAUAUUGUCAGAGCAACUCAUUGGAAUCACCGCACUCAGAGCAUAUUGACCGGUGGCGAAGAUGGGCGUAUGUGCGCAUGGCAAGCCAAUUUGUAA